GCGCAAGGCUGGAGGCAGGGCUGAGGUUGCUACCAUGUGAAUGUCCACACUUGUCAAUUCGCCACCAGCAGCACAGCCAGAGGAACCCGCAGAGAGAGAGAGAAAAAAAGCUCCUUCCUCCCCUCCUGCUCUCUCCCCUCCCUUCUCGGGAGGGGUUUUCGUUGAGAGAUUCUUGACCUGAUCGCAAGCAAACAACUUUGCCCUCCCCACAGGAUGUACCUCAACGAAUGUGGGAGGAAACCGCAGCACCCGGAGGAAACCCACGCAGACGCAGGAGAACGUACAAACUCCUCACAGACAGCGACGGGAAUCGAACCCUGAUCGCUGGCGUCGUAAUAGCGUCACGCUAACCGCUACACUAAUGAUUUAAUCACCAAUUAGUAAAUCUUCCACUGAGAUCCAGAGGAAUCUGCCGACACAUAUUGCUAUUUCCAAGUGGAGGUUGUAGCCAAGGAUCAUCCAGGUCACUGGAUUCCCUAUGGACUCCAACAAGGCAGUGCGAAUUUCUGUGGAUUUCACUGCUCUCGUGCGGUGAAAUGCAUGCAUUGACAGGUCAACCCAGCACACUGAAAUCAAUGGGAGAAAUCGUCUGAUGGGGGGCCAUUGGCUGACGUUGCUCUAUUGUUGCUGAGCCAACAUGGCAAAACUUCAAAUGCUUUCGACGACCAGUGACCCCGGUUACCACGGCUGUGAGACGUACCCGGUGUUUGCUCCCAGGUCCGCUGAUCCUGGCUACUCCCAGGGCACGAUGGGAAGUGUGGGCAGUGGCGUCGCCAAUGAACAGGAGUUUGCAAUGAAAAGCAUGAACAGCAACAACCGACCAGGCCUUGUCCAGAACAGCAGUCGUCAGCAAGAUGGGCUGAGGAACAGUUACACGUCCCGGGAAUUCUCAAAACGCUUCUCGUCUGAGGAGAAAUGCUUUAACCCCGAGAACAUGUCUAAUUCUUUAUAUAUCAAUGGGGACCGUCGGAUAGGAGACAGAACUAAAACUGAUGUGACAAACAACAAUGAGAAGAACAUGCCUCCGCAGUACAGAGAACCGAGCAACCCUCCGAAGAUACUUCCCGUCUCUGGCAAGCUAGAACAGACCAGUGAGUCGUUGAUUAGGCCCUCCGCCUUCAAGCCUGUUGUUCCCAAAAAUUUCCACUCCAUGCAGAAUCUCUGUCCACCACAAACUAAUGGGAUAACAGACAGCAGGAAGACCCUUAGUGCUCAUCACACCAAUAGCAGCAGCCCUUCUGGAGGCAGAGUUGGAAUGGACAAGGCAGGCCACGGCAGGACUUUAAACCACAGUGGAGGGAUGUCGGAUUCUGGCCGCAACUCACUGACCAGCCUUCCGACAUAUGGCUCAGGGUACAGCCAGCACAUUGGCCCAAUGAGCGCCUCCACAAGCCACAUCAACCGUCUCGGAACAUCAUACGGAGACAGGGGCGUGCUGGGAUACAAUGGAAUCUCCACCUCUGACAGUGGACGUUCUUCCAGCAAAAGCGUGUCCUCCUUCAACAAGCUCAACCACAUGCACGACACCCUCGCAUACCACUCGCCGUCCAAUGACGACAUCAUUCAAGACCUUGAAGACAGGCUGUGGGAGAAGGAGCAGGAAGUUAUCCAGAUGAGAAGGAGCCUUGACAAGAGUGAAGCAGCCAUCGUGCAGGUCUUCGAGGAGAAGCAGAAGAUAUGGGAGCGUGAAAUGGAAGACCUGAAGCAAAAUUACGCAAACAAGCUGCAGCAGGUGUCGAAGAAGGCGCAGCGAUCACAGCAAGCCCUGCAGCUCCAGAUCUUCAAGCUGCAACAAGAGAAGAAGAAGCUGCAGGAAGAUGUAGGACAGCUGCUGCAACAGAGGGAAGAGCUGGAGAAAAAAUGCCUGACUUUUAAAAAAGAGCAGUCCGAACUACUGCCCAGACUUGAGGAGACCAAAUGGGAGGUAUGUCAGAAGGCGGGCGAAAUCUCCUUAAUGAAGCAGCAGAUGAAAGAUUCACAGGCUGACGUGGCCCAAAAGCUGAACGAGAUGGUGGUAUUAAGGACACAGCUAAAGGAGGCGACGUCAGCUCUGCGGGCCAAGGAGGAGCAGGUCCUCACACUGAAGGACUCCUUCAAUGCCAAGGGCAUUGAGCUGGAGGUGUGUGAGAACGAGCUGCAGAGGAAAGCCAGUGAGGCCCAGCUCCUGAGGGAGAAGCUAGGCCAGAACGAAGCAGAGAUUUCGGGCUUAAAGCAGGCCCUGGCUGACGUGGGCCAGCAGACGCGGUGUGGCGAGGAAGGGCCGGAGGAGCAGAGGGACGAGCUGGCCUGCGAGAGCGACGAGGCCAAGAUGCAGCGGCAGAGUGAGGACGCAGUGAAGGCCCUGAAGAAGCAGAUCGAGCGGCUGCAGGGGGAGCUGAGGCUGGAGCGGCAGCAACAUGAGCAGCAGCUCUCCCACUUCGAGGAGGAAAGGCAGACCUGGCAGGAGGAGAAGGAGAAGGUCAUCAAGUAUCAGAAGCAACUGCAGUUGAACUAUGUGGAAAUGUACCAGAAGAACCAGGCACUGGAGAGCAAACUUAAUGAGUUAAACACAACGGCCAACUCCCCCACAGCCGAUGAUAUGAAGCAAUGGACACCAUCUCGUCUGGAACGGAUUGAAUCCACAGAGAUCUAAUCUGUGCAAAGGAAUGUGACACUUACAUUAAUGUACAAGUGGGAUCAUUUACCUGGAUUCUCUAAAGCGACUCACCUGUUUAAUUCAUGUCCUCAUUUUUAUCUAGUACCAGUUCAACCAAGGUCUGAUUUUCAAAUGUGUUUGACCAGCACAAAGUUUGAUCCCUUUUCUUUUGAAAUUGUGUGAGGACAAAGUUACCCCCAUUCCACCAUCCCUAGCACACAUUCCCACCCUGAAGGUAAAAUAACAUGUUUGUCCUAUUCCUCUUCCUCCAGCAGGAGGACCUGCAGACAGGGGUCGGGUGACUUUGUUUCCCCAUGUGUGCAGUGCAGCCAAUGCAUGGCACUUUACUCCCAGUCAGUCUGUAGGCAUGUUGAUCAGUGCCCUCAAGCCCCUGAGCUUUGGGAAACUGACUGCAGUUGAACAAAAUACUGCAGACCCUUCAAGUCUGAAAUUAAAACAGAAAAUGCAACAAGGUUGGCAGCGUUAUUAUGUGUGUGUCUUCCCACUUCUCUAUCACUAACUUCCCCUUUUGCUCUGACCUUUCCCUCAGUCUGCACUUUCUUUUCCUUCCCGUUGCACUCACUAAAAUACAACAGCUUCCAGUUCUGAUGAAGUGCCAUCAAACUGAAACAUUAAUCCAGUGUCCCUCUCCACAGAUGCUGCCUGACCUGCUGAGUAUUUCCAGCAUUUCCUGUGGAUGAAAUAACCUUCAGGCAAAUAUUCCCUUCGCACAGCUUCCCUCUCCCCCUUCUGGUCCAGUGGCAUUGUGAAAAGCCUUCAUUCAACAAGAUCUCAUUUUCAAGUGGUCCAUGUUGUCUCAUCCUCACACCCUCCUUUGACAACCCCUAUUCCCCACCCAACCCCUCUCCCCUGUCCCUCCCACUUUUUUAACAUUGUCCUUUGUUGGUGGAUAAAACCUAAAUAGAUAGAUUUAUCAGAACUUGGAGCUCUGAAAACAAAUUUUGUUCAGCAAAAGUAUAAGAGAUAUAUAACCAACCCAGCUAAUUGAAGUUAUGCUCUGAAUCAACGCUGCUUUAAUUGAAUGGUGGAACGGGCUUGAGGGGCUCACGAUCCGAAAAAGAAAGGACAAGCUGGUUGUCAGGGAAAUCUUCCAUCCUGACCACAUUCUGUGUAAAUCACUGGAGUACAUUAACGACCUGUAGCAACCAUCAGUUUAUGUAUGGAUGGCACAGAGGAAUCACAAAACCAGAUACAAGGCAUAAUCCUACAAGUAAGUGAAAUGUUCAGUGGUACUCCCUUCCCUGUCUUGCAUAUCCACCAGCAUUCCUUACUCCCUGUCACAUUUCGAAUAGUUACAUGUUAAUCCCAGAUGGAAGGGGGUCCAAGCAGUUCUCCCUACUUGUUCACGCCAUCUGCCUGCCACCAAUUCUUGACGGUGCGGACAGAGGUACAAGAGACCUUCUCAAAUAUCUGUCUGUCUUCAUUUCCCACUCCUUCUUCCAUAUCCCAAAAACAAUCACCUCCCUGCCUUCCUCUCCCACUUACCAGACUGCUAGGGACACACCCCUUAGGUCACUGCUGUGACCUCCUUUCCCAGCUACCACCUUAAAUUUUUACAUGGAGUCAGAAACAUUGUCCCUGUUUGACAGAGCAUAAUCCUACAAAACUACAGACUUGGCCUCAUGAAAUUCCUUCAUCCCUUUUGUUUCCAGAAAAUUGGAUUCUUGAAUGCCGUCACAGUAAGUGUUCACUACAAUGUCCUUCUUUGGAAACAUGUUCCAUGAGUUUCUUUGAUGAAAAACCAUUCCCUGACAUCCUUGCCUACCUCCAACCUCUCCCCUUGAGAUUUGAUCACCUCCACUUACAACAGAUUCAUCAAUCCCUUUCAUAACCUUGAGGGGCCAUCUCCAAAUUUCUUUCCAGAGAAAGUGUGUUCAAUGCUUAUUAAGUCCUCAGUUAUACGAUGUGAACAAAGACCUUGACAAUAAUUCUUUCUGGAUAGGUCAUCAUUUAUAAUGUACAAUUCUAAUUAGGACAUCAGAGAGAAUCAUUACUAUAAAAGAGGGCCCAUCUGGAAUUAUCCAUUUAUUUAUCGCUGUAUCCUUUGGUCAUAUCAUUUUACAUUUAGCUUCCCAUAUGUACACAGCAAAAUCGUGUCUAUCACAAUUUGUCCUUUAUCAUUGCUUCUUUCACAUCAGAAGUAUAUGCACUCAAAGAACUGACACAGUGGCACGUCUGAUUACUUGCUAAGCAAGAAGGGAGUGCAACUGAUGCCUCAAGGACUUAAGCAACAGAUGAUGUCCUUUCAGUGGCAACCUGACUUUGCUCCACCAUUUUAGAGUGUGGAAACCUAAUGGAGUCCUUUUGUAAUCAAGUAGAAUCCACAAACCUGGCUGCCUUGGCAAUUUUGUCUAAUUCGUCCCCUUUACCGACCUCAGGAAUCCAAGGCGAUUAAGGAGGAUAUGUAAGAUUAAGAAAAAUCUUGUAUUAUUAAAUAAAGAGAUCAAUAAUAGAUUCAAACAACACAGAAGGAGGCCAUUUGGCCCAUUGUGCCUCUGCCUAGACAGGGAAGGAAAAAAUGAAGAAAUAGAUUGUAGUUCAAUAAUUCACAUCUUUGUCAAUAUUAUUGUACCAACCAGGGGAAAAAAUGUCACCUCUAUCCCUGUAAUUUGAGAGGUGUUUCCCACUGUAUCAGCCUUCAGAGAAUUACUGGUAAUCUACCUGUUGUAACACCACUUGAAAGAGGAAUUAUCCAUUAAUUUGUUUGUUGGUAAACGUUGGGUAGAGAGUGUAUAGUUCUAUGUAAAUAUGUAUGCCUGUGCUGUGUGUAAAGGUAGACAUUAUCCUUCCUAAGGUUACACAGUUUCUAAAGGUUUCCUGUACAAUUAGACAAUGUAAUUUCUUAUUUGCUGCACAUCUUUCUUACAGUAUUGUUUAAUUGUAAAUUUUAUGCAUCACCAGAAUCCAAGAGGUCUUUAUCUUUCCAAAACAUCAUGCAACUGAAAAUGCAUUGAAUCUACAAACAGUGAAUUCCAAUUUGUAAAUCCGUGACUAGAAGUUAAUUUGAAGCUUCAUGUUUUCUCUGCAGUUCUUCCUUUGUCUGAAUCUUGACCAAACGUUCUGGGGGGAGUGCCAUCAAAGAGGAUAAUACCACAUCAGGAAUGGUCAGAGAGGCUCUGGUGCACAGACUGAAUGAAUUUGCAUGAGUAACAUUUCAAAAGAUAGUUGUCCAGCUUGUUACCAUGCUCAAGGCUCACUGGGCCCAAAAUUCCAAAAACUGGCUGCUCCAUCAGCAGAUUUCAUCCUUAAACUCAUCGGAUUUGGAAUCUGCUCUAGAGUAACUCGUAUGCACAGGACAUUAAGGCAUAUUUCUGUUCUAGUUCCGUCAGAACCCAACUCCACCUACAACCAGUCUCGAUGCUGAUCAUGAAGUCCCAUUUAAUUGAAGCAAAUCUUCCUUACUCUUGUACUUCAGCCCCCUUGCAAUAAAUACCAGUGCUUUAUUUAUCUUCCUCAUUGCUUGCUGUACUUCAAAAAAACUUGCUGUGAUCUGUGUAGGAUACCUAAAUCCCUCUGCACACCAUUAUAAUCUUUAAAUAUAUAUAUAUUUUAAUUAUGCCAACUAAUUAGAAAGCUUUACACUUUCCUGCAUUAUACGCCAUCUGGCACCUGGUUGGUCUACUAAGUCCCACUGAGUCAAUGCUAACCAUCAGGCAACCAUCCCACAACAAUCCCAUUUUAUUCUCCCCCACAUUCCCCUCAACUCUCACCAGAUUCAACCACUCACUCCACACAAGGGACAACUUACAGUGGCCAAUUAACCACCAACCCAAGUAAAAGUCUGCCUGAGUAUAACAUUAAAGUCCAACUCAAACCCACCCAAGCCACAGGACUUAUCAUAUAUCCUGAAGCUGGCAUAUCUGGUUAGGUCCCUUCAGGAUAAGGUUGGGUAACCAUACUCUGGUAAAGAAUAGAAAGGGAAGGGAGGACUAUGAGGUGUUCUGACAGCUAAACCUUGACUUGCAGUUAACAUGCUGCAGAGGAAUUUAAAGGGACUGCUCAUUGAUUUUUUGCCAGACUUCACCCUGGUGUACCUGACCUUUGAUAACCUGGUGGGGAAGGGAGUGAACAGGCUGGGGACAUGCUGAAGGGGAUGCUACUGGGCCCAGUCAGGUCGACAGAGGGUAUGUUCAACCUGCCUACCCACACUUGUCCAUGGAUAAGUUUGUGCCUGGGUGUCCGUGGAGGGGAGGUCUCAAGUGCACACCAGGCCUCCUUUGGCUGACUGAUCACCACAGAGUCUAAGGCAUAACAUCAAUCCCUAGGGAAUCUUGAUUUAACUUAGAGUCAUUAAUUUAUGGGUUGAUACAAAAAGGCCACUUAAAAAAAAAGGUUGACUGCACAAAGUUUAGGCCAAAUUGUGAAGUAAACUUGUUAUUUUUAUGUAAAACCCAGAAUUCCAGCACCAACAUCAUUUUGCUUUUAGUUGAAUCCUCCAGUUUGCUGUUCAAUUACUUAACUCCUCCGUAUCAUUUGCAGCAUCUUUGCUUCCUCCUCAUAGCUCAUUUCCCUACUUUGUACCAUCAGCCCCAUCAUCCAAGUCAUGAUGUAGGGUUGUAAAUAACCGAGACCCACACACUUACCCCUGCAUCACCCCAAUGCAGCCAGUCCUCCUGAAAUUGUCCGGCUAGUUCCUACUCCGCUUCAUUAACCAAUCCCCAUCUUGAGCAAGGAGCCCAAACAAUUGACUGGAUCUGGCUCACUCAGGAUGGAUAUUUAGUUGACAAUUCAUUCCUGAGCAACAGCAUUAAGUUUGAUAAUGGGAUAGGAACACAUGAAAUAGGGGAGAAGGUCACUUGGUCCCUUGAACCUGUUCCACCAUUUAAUAAGAUCAUGGCUAACCUUGUUGUACUCUCAACUCCACAUUCUCACCUACCUAUUGGUAUCCUUUACCCCUUCUUAAGAAUCUAUCUACCUCUAUCUCAAGUAUCUAAGAGAAAAUGUUUCAACUCAUCUCUGUCUUGAAUGGGUGACCCUAGCUCUAGAUUUGCAUCCACCUCCACCUUGUCAAAGCUCUCCAGGAUCUUGCAUGUUCCAGUCAAAUCCCCUCUCACUGUAAUGAACUCCAGCAGAUAUAAGGCUACCUGAUUUCUAAAUCCAAUUAAAGCUCUGAGCACAGGCACACUUUUUCAUUACCUAAAAAAAAUUGAUCAUCUGUCCUUUAAUAAGUUAAACAAGAGAGAAGUUGUAAGCUCGUGCAGCAGUAAGUAUAUUUCUCUUUGCUCUUGGUGUUCUGUUAUAGAGCACAUGGAAUUAUCUUUAGCACUUUAGUUUAUACCAAAGUUUCUUUGUGUUUUAUAUAAUAUUAGACACAAAAUAAACAUUCAAGUUAUUCCCCCUUUGAUGCAUUCUGUUCAAUAAUUAGGAGCCCAAAUGUCUUGUGCUCAGGUGUCCAUGCCAUAAGGUAUCCUUACUAACUUACUCCAGUAAGCUUGCCUUCAGAGAAUUGGUUGUACACGGGCAUGACUAUGUCGAUGCAAAGUAGUUGAAAACUGAUGCCAAUAUAAGCUGGAAGACUACUGAUCCAUAGGACCCAUCUUACCUCUAUGGAUUGCACUGGGUGCAACCCAGCCUGUGGCAAUGCCAGUGCUGGGUUGGCAUAUGGCCUCUCAGAGGGAAAUACGGUUGUAACAAUCACCAUUGCACCACAUCCAGGGGAGUCAUUGAAAUAUAGCAAUAAACAAAGAAUGGCACAUAGUAAAAGCACUUUUUCAAUGGCAGGCAAUGUCUACUUUUACAGUAAAUCCUCAAUGUAGAUGCAUAAUGUUGCUCUGUAAUUGUUUUUGCCAUUUUGUCCAGAAUUGACUACUGUAUAUUUUAAGUAUUCGUGUUUAGAAGGAGCUGCAUGAGGAUCGAUGAGCUGUGAUGUCUAGUGAUAAAGAAUUCCCCUCGGGAAGCUGAUAAUGCACUUUUCAGCCAAUAUUCUUCUAGUGGGUAAUGACUUUUAGGUGAUAAGCUCAGAUCACAUGCAACAAAAAUAGAAGUAAAGUUGUUUGUGAGGAACUGGUAAAAAAGAAUUUGUCUUCAGAAAUGUCGUCACCAGUUUUAUUUUGUCACAAAUUUACAAGAAAGCUAAAACUCAGGAGAGAUAUUUGGAACAUGGUGAAUCUGGAUAGAAAACUAAAGGCCAAAAGCACAGGCAAGUGCAGUACAGUGCAAUGGUGCUCCAAUCUUCUGCAUCAGUGUAUGGAUUGUACCAAGGUUAAUGAUGUCAAUUGCUCUGUGUAUUACCAGGUAUUGACUGUUGAAGAAUAUGAUGCAGUAUGCACUUUCCAAAUUACAGUACAGAAUGAGACCAUGUGGCCCAUCAUGCCAUGCUAGUUCUUUGAAAGAACUAUUUGACUGAACCCCUGGAUUCCAAAGCUUAGAAACUUGAAAUUGCACCAUUUUUUUAAAGCACAAAUCAUGCAUACACACCUUUUCAUGCAUGUUUUAAUGUGAUGUGGCAAAUCCCUUUGGAAAUCCUACCCAUGGUGAAACUGAACCAGGCACUCCUGGGUUCCAUUCAUCUUUGUGAAGCUGAUGUCUCUCCAGCGUUAAUCCAAAAUGCAAUGAUGUCACCAACAAGUGUGCAUCUUGCCUCUGCUUUAUUGACAGAAAUUGGAGCAACAUUGUGCAACCUGUGACCCUCGUUUUCAACUCUCAGCAAAACAAGGCUCAAAGGAGAUAUGGAUCAGAGGGUUCCCACUGGGGCUUCGAUUUUUGGCUGUCUAUAGUUUUUAAUGCUCUACAUUGUUCACAUAUUACUGCUGGAUCUCUUUGAACUGAGUGCAGCUACUCACAGCACAGGUACAUUCUGUACUCUCCACAGAGUCAUGAGUCCAUACUGGCAGUGUCCUGGUGCCACAUACAACACAGGACUCAACCUGUGCCAACUAUCACAGAUGGGGCAGUGGGCACACACUCAAAAGACACGAGCUCUCCCUGUGUGUUUCCCCCCACCUCUAUGGCAGCCUUUUGUACUAUAUUACUGCUGCCACAGAGGCUGAGGCUCAAUUCCUAGCAGCAAACACACAGUAGUUGCACUCACAGUCAGGCAAGAUGCACACGUUUUAAUGCAGAAAUCUGUAAAUACAACCCUAAUGACUGUUUUAAACGUAAAAUUUAGUUUUGUGAUUUUUCUGGAGGGAGGUUAGGUUACCCUUUCCCCAUGCCUCAGCUCCUGUUUAUUAAGGGUAGAUACCAAUUUCCCAGCAAAACGUUAAAUUACGGGGACAGAUUAUGGAGACUAAAGUGGCCUUUCCUGGAAGUUAUGACAGGGUUUGACUGAUGUUUUCAAACUAUUAAGUGGAUCCAAUGGUGAUAAACUAUUUCUGCUGGUUGGGCAAUUUAGUUCUUGGGGGCAUAACCUAAAAAUUAGAACUAUGCCUUUCAAGGGUAAAGGUAGGAAAUGCUUCUACAUCCAGGAGCUGGUGGACAUUUAGAAGUCUCUUCUGAUGCUGGGUCAGCUGUUAAUUUUAAAUCUGACAUUGAUAGAUUUUUGUUAACCUAAGGCAUUAAGGGAUGUAGGGAAAAGGCAGAUAUGUGCAGUUAGAUCUCAUAUCAUUCAUAAUCUCACAGAUUGGCAGGACAGGCUCGAGGGGCUACAUGCCAACCUCCUGUUCUUAUGUUCCUAAUUAGUCCCAUUCCACUGUUCCUUGGGUUGAUUGACCUACAAUUUUUCUUUCCCUUCAUCUACAUAUCCAAUUCCUUUCAAAACUGACUGUUGAAUCUGUUCCAGAGUCCUUUCAGGGAGGGCAUUUCAGACUGUGAUCACCUUAAAAGAAAAAGCAAUCCUUAUCUCCCCUUUCAUUUUUGUCAGUCACCUCUGGUUAACAGUCCUGCUGCCAGGGUUAACAUUUCAUUCUAUUCAUUAAACGUACUCAUAAUUAGAAAAUGGGAGAAUUUAAAGAGCACCGUGCUAAACCAUUCCACCUCCUAAUAUUGGCCAAGGGAUGAAAACAAAGCCAUUAACAUUCUUUGUGGAGCUGGAAUGUUGCAGAAGGAGAAGAGUAAAAGUGAAUAUACAAAGGUUACUGUGUAAAGUACAUGGUAAAGGAUAGCCCAUAUGCUACUGCAAUGUCACUAGCUCUUGCCCUCAUGUCUAGAAGAAGCCGUGUACCAUUGAACUGGAACUAAAUAUUGGAACACUGUGUCUUAUUAAAAAGCAGAUAAGAGGUUUCAAAAAUUCCUCCUGAAUUUUUCUUCGUUAUACACCAACUCAAUUCACCUUCAUGAGUAUGUGGUCAGAAGCUGCGUUGAAAAAUGUUUUAAUUUCUGAAUACCAACUUAUCUACACAAAAUAUUAAAGUUUGUUUCUUUUGUAACAUAAAAUACUCUUGUUUAUGGUCCAUAAAUUAAAAGAAAAUAAACGUGA